AUGAAGAUUACCAAACAGUUGUUAAGAUCACAAGUUGGUUGUCGUUUAGUUGAUGCUGUAUAUAUCGAUCUAUCGGAUCGUCAAUUAGUAUCACUAGAAAAUUUGUCUGUUUGUCCAAAACUGCAAACAAUCCUUGCCAGCCAAAAUGAUAUUGAUGCUAUUCUAACUACUAUUAUCCGUUGUCGUGAACUUUGGAAAAUAGAUCUAAGUUGCAAUAGGUUAUUCUUUAUAUGGCAAACAAAAUAUAUUCAGAGAUGUGCCAAUAAGCUAAUUUAUAGAGAAACUUAUGAGCGGAAACGAGUUGAAAAUUUUUUUAAAACCGCUAACUCCAAAAGACCAAUGCUGUUACUGUUAGAUAUUUUAACAGUAAUAAUUCCACUAGACUACCCGUAUGAGUGUAUUUUGCUAGAUUCAUCUUAA